AUGCGCAACACCCUCAUCUUCGCUGGCAACUCGUGCCCAGCUCUCACGGGCCAGAUCUGUGGGAACCUGGGCAUGCAGCCUGCCGAUGCCGAAUUGACCCAAUUCUCCAAUGGCGAGACUAGCGUCAGGCUUUUGACCAGCGUCCGCGAGAAAGAUGUCUUCGUUGUACAAUCGGGAAGCCCCCGUAUCAACGACUCAAUCAUGGAGCUCCUCAUUAUGAUCAGUGCAGCCAAGGGUGGUUCGGCGAACAAGGUCACGGCUGUCCUACCUUAUUUCCCAUAUAGCCGACAAUCCAAGAAGAAGGCCCACCGCGGCGCCAUCACAGCGCGCAUGCUUGCCAAUCUUCUCGGGGUCGCAGGCGUGAAGCACGUUAUCACGGUCGAUCUACACGCGUCUCAGAUGCAAGGGUUUUUCAAAUGUCCCGUCGAUAACCUUCAUGCCGAGCCCAUCAUCGCGAAAUGGAUCCGCAGGAAUGUGCCUCACUGGCGCGAAGCUGUUGUGGUAUCCAAGAACCCUGGCGGAACCAAGCGAGUCACGUCCCUUGCCGAUGCUCUUAAGCUAAACUUCGGCAUGGUGACGACUGAACGAAAACGCGGGGGCUCAAACAUGGUUGGCAGCAUGAUGAUGCACCAUCUCGGGGGCUCGCAACACCAGGCAGUGGAGACGACAGCGCAGGGCAGCAACUACACCGACCCCACUGAACCGCAACGCACCGCCGGCGAGCGCGAGCGGACUCCUGUCCGUGGAUCCCGCGGCACGAUUGCAGAUGACACAGGGUCACCGACAGGGGGCAAUCUGGCCAUCCGGCCCAAUGGCGGGCGGCCGUCGCAAAGCACCAUCACACCCCCAGGUCGCUCACCUGACCCGUCCGUGAACGGUGAUCUCGAAUUCGACGAUGGCCGCGCCAGAGAAGUGACCCAUGGGCGCUUAGUGCACGGCCAUAUUGUGGAAGAUGAUGCCUCUUCGCCGAGUCGGUCAACAGCUGACAACAGUCUGCAUGAAGAGGACCCGAUGACCAUGUCUCAUCACUCCUCAAUGUUUGUGCCGGACCGUCAGUCCCUUGGUGGCUCAGGCGAUGCUGCCGUGAGCUCGGACGAUGAGGACAAUGCAUUCGAGGACCCGGAAGUCGAGCACAUGAUUACCCUGGUAGGCGACGUGAAAAAUCGCACGGUCUUCAUUGUCGAUGACAUGAUCGACAAGCCAGCUACGUGGAUUGCCGCAGCCGAGACCGUGGUGAAGCGAGGCGGCGCCCAAAAAGUGUACUGCAUCGCCACUCACGGAGUGUUUGGCGGCGACUGCUUGGAGCAGCUGCAAGCUUGUCAGUGCAUCGAUAAAAUCGUUGUCACCAACAGCUUCCCGCUCAGCGAGGAACGCUCUCGAGGCAUCACCAAGCUUGUCAUCCUGGACCUGUCGUUCAUGCUAGCCGAGGCUAUCCGACGCAAUCAUUUCGGCGAGAGCUUGUCGCCGUUGUUCCAGCAUUACGGUGACUGA